UUCGGGCGACGAUCUUUGCCCCGGGAUGGCCAGCGAAUAACCAUCGUUGGUCAACAGUUGACCAUCAACCCAAGAAAAACCAAAAAAAACUCCCAAAAACCACGAAGGAAAAGGAUGGAAGCAACAAUCAACCAACUCAACAACCAACUCAUCGAUCAACAACAAGGACUACUACUACCAGAACCACUCAAACAAACCAUACAAACACUACUCACCACACUACUACUAAGUACAGCAACUUCUCCAGGUCUCAGAAACAGCUCACUACUACUUGCCACCAACCUCAACCGACUCAAGAUCAACCUCAAACCACAACUGAUCAUACAACUCAUCACAAACUACCUAGAAUCAAAUCAAACUAUCAUCAAACAGAUCAUAGACGACAACCUCAAUCGAAACCAUCAACUCAAGCAACAACUCAACCUACACAUCCAAUUACUCAUUCAGAAACUUACCACCGAACCAGAACAACAGACUACCAUACAACAACUAAGACUCAUCUCUCAGUCUCAUCCCAGUCUACUCGAAUCUUUCUACACUACAACAGCACAGGAUACAAUCAAGCCAUUCGCAGAACUCAUCAAACUCAUCGAGCAAGAACGAGCAGAAGAAGAAGAAGAACUAUUUAGGAGGGAGCUACUCUUCAUCAUCCUCCACGUCUUAAAGCAAGGAAUCAUACCCAAACUGAGAUCGGCCACCGUUGCAUUCGAUUCCAGCGAACUCAAAGAUCAACUCAUCAGCUUGCUCAGCUCCAAAUCGAUCAGACUCUUAACCGAACUCUAUCUCAACUAUCCCAAUCUCCUCGAAGAUCUCCAAGGACUACCACAAGCAACAAACACAAAGAAAACCAAACAGGACCCCCUUCUCAACUUCUUCACUCCAGAGCAACGCGCAUGUCAUCCAAUAUUCAAGAUCUAUUAUGAUGAUCAUGCGGGCAAAGCAAAUGAUCGGCCAGAACUCGAUUCGAUCAUCAAUGAGGUCUUAUCAGUCUUACCCGACCUAGCCAGUCCAGAGAUUCUCAGACUGAUCAUCCAAGAACACGUCAACUUUCAGGAUCCUCAACAAGGCGCCCAACGCUUGAUCGAGCGAAGCUUUAAUGACCCUCAAUUCAUUCAAUCCUACUCGACCACCGAAUCCAUUAAUCACUCCCUCCCACAACAAUCCGACCACCAGCUCAUUCAAAAGCGUCAGAACAUCUUUGAUGAUCGCAAGAUGGAUCCUAGUCUAUUAAGGAUAGGAAAAACAAAAUUGGACGAAAACGAGAUCUUGAAUGACAAGAGUCACUUAACGAAGGAGAUGAAGAGACAAAUGAAAGCGCGAUUAGAGCGAAUAGAGGAUGAAGAAGAAAAAAGGGAUGAAUCUGGACGUACGGAGCAAGUGCUAUUAUACUCUGAUGAUGAAGAAGAUGAGGGGAAGAAUGAGCAAGCGAUGGGCGUAGAUAUCUUUUCGGACGAUGACCAUCGAUUCAACCUUCGCCAAGACAGCGAUGAGUCUGAUCCGGAAGACGCAGCGUCGCAGUCCUCCUCCUCCUCCUCCUCUUCAUCCUCCCCAACGCCACCAGCCAACGCACGUUCAAAGCCGACACGCGGCCGAGCCAACAAGGCUCUCCAACAGCCAGAGCAGCGAAACAGACCCCAGAAUGAGAGCGAGGGAUGGGGCGUGGAUGAGGAGGUGCUCUGCUCGUUCUAUCUCAACGAUCCGCGCGUCUUCUUGCCUGCCUCGAGGUCCUCGAAGAGUCGAGUGGCCCUAAAGGCCCGCUUGAAAGGCCCUAAACAGGACGAUCUCAUCGAGGCGUGGAAGACGAUGUUUGAGCGAAACCCGAAGAAGGAGGAGAUCUUGGAGAAGUAUCGGCUUCAAUCGGCCAUUCAAGAUCCCAAUAAUCGGGGGACAAAGAUGAUUGAUAGUCGAGGAGAAGAAGGCUCUCGAGGGCGGGAAGGAGGAGGUGGACGGGGAGGUGGAGGUGGAGCAGGAAGUAUGAGGGGAAGAGGAGCCGGGGCGAAUCGCGGACGCGGGGGGCGAGGCAACGCGCGAGGACGAGGCGGAAAACCCACAACAGAUGGCGGAGGACGCGGAGGAGGAACUGGACUUACCGAGCCUACUGCUCCUCCCUCCUCCUCCAAUCAAACUAGACCUAGAGGCACCGAUCAUCGCAAUCCUGCCGGCCAAUCGAGUCGCGCUAACCAUUCUAAAUCGAUCUCGAAUCGUAAGGUUCGUGGGCGUGAUAAGAAACUCGCUUUCAUCAGUGGCGGUGGUGGUGGUGGUGGUGGUCCGGAUUGAAUUACGCUCAAGUUGAUGUAAUAAAGAUGACUGUUUGUAUUACGCACUCAUAUACAUUACAUUUGGGUUUUCUUCUUUCCGUAAUCAAUAGAUAUUAGAUAUGAAAUCAGCCGUUGAGGGCACAGCCGUCAUUAAACCCAAGUAAUAUAUAUAUGUAGAUGAAAAAUAAAAGAAACAAAAUGUAAAUAUUUUUCAGAAAAUAUUAAGCCAGCUAAUCCUCUAGUUUCUUUGUCAUAAGUUGCAUAUGCAUAGUGCGCAAUGUGAUACCAAAUCUGCUCAUAAAAUAAAAAC